AUGGUCAAGUCGUAUCAGCGUUUUGAGCAAUCCGCUUCUUUUGGGGUUAUUAGUUCGAACUCCAAUUGUGUCUACAUUCCGCCUGCAAACAGAAAGGGAUUAGGUCAAGUGCUUACUGGUGGUCUUGAGAAAGUUAACCUUUGGGAUCUGAAGACAGGAGAUCUUGUUAGCUGCCUUUCUGAUGGAUUACCUCCGGGAUCGAUAGAUGCAAAAUCUACGAAGCCUGCCGAGACCACAUACCUAGAAUAUCAUGCAGAGACUAAUCUUUUAGCCGUCGGAUACGCAGAAGGUGUCAUCAAAGUGUGGGAUCUUAUGUCCAAGACUGUACUUUUGACUUUAAAUGGACAUAAGUCUGCCGUGACUAUCUUGAAGUUUGAUAUAACAGGUACAAGAUUGAUUUCAGGUUCACAGGAUUCCAAUAUCAUCAUGUGGGAUUUGAUCGGCGAAGUUGGACUGUAUAAACUGCGUUCUCACAAAGGUGCUAUCUCAGGACUAUGGUUAGAGAAGGAUGAAUGGCUGAUAAGUACUUCUAGAGAUGGUUUGAUCAAGGUAUGGGAUUUGAAAACUCAACAGUGUGUUGAGACUCAUAUUGCACAUACUGGAGAGUGUUGGUCUCUUGGAGUACAUGAGGACUUGGCUAUUACGGCCAGCGCUGAUUCCCAAGUGAAGAUAUGGCAUCUCAAUUUCGAAAGCGAAGCGGGUUCAAAAUUGAUAGAGAAGGGAAUAUACGAAAAGCAAAGUAAUCAAAGAGGAUCUUCGAUCGAGUUCGUAACUACAACAGAUGAAACCACCUUUUUUUACAUCCAGAAUGCUGACAAAAGUAUAGAGAUCUUCAGGAUUAGGAAGGAAGAAGAGAUCUUGAAAGCCACCAGAAAGAGAGAGAAAAGACUGAAGGAGAAAGGUUUGUCAGAUGAGGAAAUCAAACAAAAUAUACAAGAUGGAUAUAUAUCCAUGAUAAUGCACCCAUUCCAGAUUUUGAGAUCAAAUUUUAAAGUCAAGGCGGCAGCUUGGGGUCAGGCUACAGCUUCAAAACUUGAUCUAGUGGUGACAACGGCCAGUAACACUGUAGAAUACUAUACUAUUCCAUAUGAAAAGAGAGAACCAAAAUUACCAGCUCCUAACAGGCUCCAUAGCGUUGAGUUACAAGGACAUAGAACCGAUGUGCGAGCAAUGGAUAUCAGCAACGAUUCUAGUUUGCUCGCGACAGCUUCUAACGGUACAUUGAAGGUAUGGAAUCUCAAGACUAGAAUGUGUUUGAGAACCUUUGACUGUGGUUACGCAUUGUGCUGCAGGUUCUUGCCAGGUGGCUUCUUAAUUGUGGUCGGCACAAGAAAUGGUGAUUUGCAACUUUUCGACCUCGCCUCUUCGACCAUGUUGGACAACAAAGAAGGUGCACACGAUGCCGCAAUUUGGUCCCUAGAUAUUACCAGUGAUGGUAAGAAGCUUGUCACUGGGUCGGCCGACAAGUCUGUCAAAUUUUGGAAAUUUCAAGUUGAAAAGGAUCUCAUCGCUGGAACUGUUGACAAAUUUGCCCCUGUUAUGAAACUAUCGCACGAUACAACUUUAGAAUUGAACGACGAUGUUCUAAGCGUGAGAAUAUCGCCAGAAGACAAGUAUUUUGCAAUUUCGCUGCUGGACAAUACUGUCAAAGUAUUUUUUCUAGACAGCAUGAAGUUUUAUUUGAGUUUGUACGGGCAUAAACUGCCGGUACUUUCAAUAGACAUAUCCUUUGAUUCAAAAGUCAUCAUUACUUCAUCGGCGGAUAAGAACAUAAAGAUAUGGGGCCUCGAUUUUGGUGAUUGUCAUAAGUCAUUGUUCGCCCAUCAAGAUUCUAUUAUGAGCGUCAAGUUCUUACCAGAAUCUCACAACUUUUUUAGUUGCUCUAAAGAUGGUUUAGUCAAAUACUGGGAUGGAGACAAAUUCGAAUGCAUUCAAAAGCUGGCGGGACAUCAGAGUGAAGUUUGGGCUUUGGCGAUUUCAAAUAACGGAAAGUAUGUCGUUUCAGCAUCUCAUGACCGCAGUAUCAGAAUAUGGGAAGAAACGGAAGACCAAGUGUUCUUGGAGGAAGAAAGAGAAAAGGAAUUGGAAGAACAAAAUGAGACCGCUUUGUUGUCGUCACUUGAAGAAGGUUCUGGGGACGCGGCUUUCAGGAAAGAUGUAGGUGGCGACGAGGCUGAUCAGGAUGAAGCAGCUGAUGUGCGUAAACAAACUAUCGAAUCUCUGAAGGCCGGUGAGCGUUUAAUGGAAGCAUUAGAUCUUGGUAUACCCGAAAUCGAAAACAGAGAGCAUUAUGAGAAGGAAUUAAAGGCUUGGAAUAAGCAUAAAGGAGAUGCGAAACCAGUCAAGCCACCUGGAAAUGCAAUCUUAACAGCAAUCAGCAAGACUCCAGAGGAAUACAUUUUGGAAACGUUAGCAAGAAUAAAACCUUCACAGCUGGAAGAUGCGUUGUUAGUCCUUCCAUUCUCCUACGUCCUCAAGUUCUUCAGAUUCAUUGACGCUGCAUUACUAGAUAACAGGAUAUUACAGCAUAACCUUCCUUUGAUUUGCAAGAACUUGUUUUUCAUUGUUAAAUCAAAUCACAGAGAAUUAGUCUCCCAGAAAAACGAAGAACUGAAGUUACGCAUUGCAAAGGUAAAAGAUUUGUUAAGAGGCGCAUUAAAGUCUAACGAAGAUGAUCUGGGAUUUAACAUCGAAGGGCUGAAAUUCAUCAGACGGCAGUGGGACCUCCGUCAUAAGCUUGAGUUUGUUGAUGAUUAUAGUCAAAGAGAACAGGAGGACAAAACAGCCAAAAAGAGAGUAUUCGAAACUAUAGUAUGA